CUUAUCUUUGUCACUUCUCAUUUCUGUUGGCCUUAGCCUCAGGCAUCACAGUUCCUACACCCACUCUGUCUGUCUAAAUUUUCCGAUUCCAAUCGCUCUCUAGACUCCUAUUUCUCUGGGUACCUUGUUUCUCAGUACUUGUUGUUAGAAAAGUCAUCACGCAUUUGUUGCUAAGAUGAACUCUUAUAGCCGAACUUUAGCACUACUGUUCAGACGUAACCAAACCUGUUUUUCACUUGCACUUCAGUUUUUUAUUACAAUUAUAUAGAUACCCACCGAAGCAUAUCCCCCAUAGGUUUGAUCAACUCACAUUCACAGAGUUGCAGCAAUCUCUCUCUCUCUCUCUCUCUCUCACACCCACACACACCCACACACACACACACACACACACACACACAAGAAGAGCAAAAAGAAAAAAAAAUGACUUCUGUGAAUCUGGGUCCAUGGGUUCAGAUAACUUCAAUCAUCAACAAAGAAACAAGAUCCAGAUCCAGACCCAUGUCAAACUUCUUGUCCCCCGGCCUUAAAACCCUUCAAAUCCCUUCAACACAUCAAAGACAGAGAAAACCCAUGUCUUCAAUUUGCGCAGUUCUUACAGAAGAGACUCUUCAAGAAGAUCAACACAAACCCACUUUUGAUUUCAAGUCUUAUAUGUUACAGAAAGCCAAUUCUGUUAACAAAGCAUUAGAUACUGCUGUUACUCUUAAAGAACCGGCUAAAAUCCAUGAGUCUAUGCGUUACUCUCUUUUGGCUGGUGGCAAGAGGGUUCGGCCAGUGCUUUGUCUAGCUGCAUGUGAGCUUGUUGGUGGGUCUGAAUCCAUGGCUAUGCCUGCUGCUUGUGCUGUAGAAAUGAUCCAUACUAUGUCAUUAAUACAUGAUGAUCUUCCUUGCAUGGAUAAUGAUGAUCUUCGCCGCGGAAAAUCCACCAAUCAUAUUGUUUUUGGUGAGGAUGUUGCGGUUUUGGCAGGGGAUGCUUUACUGGCAUUUGCAUUUGAACAUAUUGCAGUGUCUACACUCAAUGUUUCGCCUCUUAGAAUUGUUCGUGCAGUUGGUGAAUUGGCGAAAGUGAUUGGUGCUGAAGGACUUGUUGCUGGACAAGUUGUGGAUAUUUGUUCUGAAGGGUUGUCCGAAGUGGGGUUAGAACAGCUUGAAUUUAUUCAUAUUCAUAAGACUGCUAAGUUGUUGGAAGGUGCGGUUGUUUUAGGGGCUAUAUUAGGUGGAGGGACCGAUGAGGAAGUUGAGAAAUUGAGGCGAUACGCGAGGAGUAUUGGAUUGUUGUUUCAAGUAGUGGAUGAUAUUCUUGAUGUUACCAAAUCUUCACAAGAAUUGGGGAAAACUGCAGGGAAAGAUUUGGUUGCGGAUAAAGUUACUUAUCCUAAGUUAAUGGGAAUUGAGAAGUCUAGGGAGUUUGCUGAGAAGUUGCUUAACGAAGCUAGGGAGUUGCUUGCUGGAUUUGAUCAAGAGAAGGCGGCUCCGUUGAUUGCUUUGGCUAAUUACAUUGCUUACAGGCAAAACUAGUUUAUGCUGUAUUUCAAUUGUUUCUCGGUUGCCUUGUUUUCGUAUAAAGCUAGAUCUCUCUCUACAAUUUUCAAAGAAAGCUUAUUGCAUCAAUGUUGUCACAGAGAGGUUGUAACAACAUUGCGACUCAGAUUAAUAGUAAUAGGGACAACUUAGUUUUCUCUCCGUGCUCAAGUUUUCAUUGCUCAUAAAACAAGCAUGUUGUAUCAUUUGUGUACUAGUAAUACUGGAAUUUCCCCUUGUAAUCGGGGUUAUUGCUUUGUCA